AUGAUUAUUGGUAAAGAAACAAAAAAUAAUAAAUUAGAAUUUGUUAAAUGUGAUUUGAUGGAUUUAAAUUGUGUUAAGAAAGCAGCACAAUAUAUCAUUACUAAAUACCAUAAAGUUGAUAUUCUUAUUACUAACGCUGGUAUUAUGUGUUGUCCUUAUACUCUUUCUAAACAAAAUCUUGAAUGUCAGAUGGCUACAAAUCAUAUUGCACAUGCUGCUUUCAUUAAUUAUUUAAUUCCUGCAUUAAAAGAAUCAGAAAAACCAAGAGUUGUUGCUGUUUCUUCAUUAGCACAUUUAUUUACGAGCAAUAAAUCACUUGAUCUUGUUGGUAAAAAAGAAAAUUAUCAACGGGCUUUUAGAUAUUUUGAAUCUAAAUUAGCUAUUGGAAUGUUUAUUCACCAAUUUGCUAAAGAACAUCCAGAUAUUAUUGCUGUUCAUCUUCAUCCUGGACUUGUUUAUUCUAAUCUCUGGAGGUAUUGGUGUCCAUGGUUAAUGUGGUUUGUUUCCCCAUUCUUUAAAAUUUUCUGGAAAACACCAGAAGAAGCAUGUCAAACUACUCUUCAUUGUGCUCUUGCUGAUGACAUCAAAACAGGAGCAUAUUAUGCAGAUUGCAAAAUUGCUAAACAUAAUCCAAUUAUUGAUAAUGGUAUUCUUUGUCAGAAGUUGUACAAAGAAACUCUUGAUUUGAUUGAGUCUAACACCCAAUAA